AUGUCCCACAACAGCAGUGAGAUAGAGGGCAAUGUUUUGCAGAGCCCCAUCGCCUGCGAGUCCUGUCGGCAGAGAAAACGGCGGUGUGAUAGGAGGUUAGGAAUUCCCAACGGAUACCUCAACAAGCUAGAAACCCGACUCGCCGAGACUGAAGCAGCUCUCUUCCGCGUGCUCUCAGGGGCACCUGACACCCGAAGCUUCGCCUCUGCCUCCUCACCUACCAUCCUCCCACAGGCUGCAUGGACACCGAGACAAAACAAGGUCGACCGUGUCAAAGAGUGGGAUGGCCUCCCGUUGCAGACACCUGAUGACAUCCAAGCCUGGUACCGGUCAAAGGCGACAGAGCACAAUGACCCUGCCAUUGACCUCCCCGCUGCGAGCCCUCAAUCGCCGAUCCCGACAGUAUCAGAUUCUCUGUUCGCGCCUCCUUCUCCUUCUCCUCCUCCUUAUCCUCCUCCUCCUCCAAGAGACACUGGCUCUGUGCCGGGCUCAUUAUCGGACCCCCAGAGCACUUCAGACGCGGUCAUCGAGCCUCAACCUCGGGCUAUGACACGAAUAAUCUUAACACCCGUCAACAGACCAUCGUCUAGAAGCCUCAGCAAGGCCGAGGAGUUGUCCAAGUUGCAGCAGAAUCUCUAUUUCUAA